ACUAAAACUAAACACUAUAGUAUAAUGAAGUUCCCGGUGGCACUUGGUCUGUUUGUCGCAGUCGUGACAGCUGAUAUGGAGCUAACUCCAGAUGAGCGCAACUGCCAGAUGCGUCAGCGUGCCUCGGACAAGGACGUCGAGAUGUUUCAUACGAUGCAGCGGCCGGUAGAGAGAACGACCAAGUGCUACUACGACUGCAUGAUGCAAGUGAUGGGUUAUUCCAACGGAAAGCGGUUCAUUCGGGACAGGUUCGAGGAUAUCUAUUUGAGUGCGGCCAAAAACGACGACCAACGGAGAACGAUCCGGCAUUUGGCGGACAAGUGCGACGGAACGGAACAUGACGACGCGUGUGAGCUGGCGGCCGAUAUUGUGGCGUGUAUUAGGCGUUGAUUUCUUUUUUUGUUAAGGUGGUAGAUGGUGUCCUUCACUUUUGGGGCAAUGACUGUCAAUGAUGGUUCUGA